AUGUCUACCACCAAGCCCACUUUCGUCCUCGCUCCUGGUGCGUGGCACAAGGAGACCUGCUACUCGCCCGCUCAGAAGAUUCUCGAGUCUCGCGGCUAUCCCGUCGAGGCCGUUGAGUACCCCUCUGUCGGCGCUGAGCCCCCAACCAAAGGCCUGACAGAUGAUGCCAAUGCGGUCAGAGCUGUCCUCCAGAGACUCGCCGACGAGGGCAAGGAAAUCGUUCUGGUCGUGCACUCCUAUGGCGGUCUUGUCGGAGCCAAUGCUGUUGAAGGCCUUGGCUACAAGCAGCGCGCCAAGGAGGGCAAGAAGGGCGGUGUUAUCACUUUCGUCUACCUCAGUGCCUUUGUUGUGCCCAAGGGCAAGUGCAUCAGAGAGAUGCUUGGCGGCCAGUUCCUCCCCUGGAUGAAGUUUGAGGUAAGACGAUGCGGAGAAAAGCGGGUGGAUGACCAGACCCCCAAACUCACAUUUUUGCAGGGCAACUACGUCUACGCGGAGACUCCUGAAGUGUUCUUCUACCACGACGUUGAGCCCGAGACCCGCGCCAAGGCCAUUGAGCAGCUGCAGCACCAGUCCGCCCAGGUCUUUGACGAUGUCGUUACCUACGAGCCGUGGCACGAGAUCGACUCCAUGUUCUUCUUCUGUGACGAAGACAAGGCGAUUCCCCUCGCUGUCCAACAGGGCAUGGCCACCAUUCUCGGCCCUACCGCCAUCACCUACUCUUCCAAGGCCUCCCACUCCCCCUUCCUGUCUCAGCCCGGUGAUGUCGCCGAGGGUUUGGAGCUUGCUGCCAAGGUUGGGCAGGAGAGAGUCAAGGCUUAA